CGCAGCACCAUGUACCGCGCACUCCGGCUCCUCGCCCGCUCGCGUCGCCUCCUGAGGGCACCGUCGGCCGGCGCUGCAGUCUCAGGGGAAGCAGGCGCCCUCCCGCAGCGUGUCCCGAACGUCGCUCGAAUGGAGCCUUGGUCCCUGUUCUUACUCUACGUGACCUUCAAGAUGUGGCUCCUGAGUCAUAGAAGACUUGCAUGCAUGCGUUCAUGCCCGUCUUUCUAGAGAGGCUCCCUAGCUUCCCUCAGAUUCUGAAAUGCUUCCAUUGACCUAGAAGAUGAAGAAGAGACUUAGCUGGUUUCCUCCCUGCAUAUUCACCAGGUUGACAGGCAAGCCAAAAUUCCUUCCGUAUAGAAUAUGACACCUUUGGUGAACUGAAGGUCCCAACUGAUAAGUAUUAUGGUGCCCAGACCGUGAGAUCUACAAUGAAUUUUAAGAUUGGAGGCCCGACGGAACGUAUGCCAAUCCCAGUUAUUAAAGCUUUUGGCAUCUUGAAGCGAGCUGCUGCUGAAGUAAACCAGGAUUAUGGUCUUGAUCCAAAGAUUGCUAGUGCAAUAAUGAAGGCAGCAGAUGAGGUAGCUGAAGGUAAACUAAACGAUCACUUUCCUCUGGUGGUGUGGCAGACUGGAUCAGGAACCCAGACAAACAUGAAUGUAAAUGAAGUCAUUAGCAACAGAGCAAUUGAAAUGUUAGGAGGUGAACUUGGCAGCAAGAAGCCUGUGCACCCCAACGACCAUGUGAAUAAGAGCCAGAGCUCGAAUGACACCUUUCCCACAGCAAUGCACAUCGCCGCUGCGGUGGAAGUUCAUGAGGUCUUGUUACCAGGACUACAGAAGUUGCAUGAUGCACUCAGUGCAAAAUCCAAAGAGUUUGCACAGGUCAUCAAAAUUGGGCGAACCCACACGCAGGACGCUGUCCCACUUACUCUUGGGCAGGAAUUCAGUGGUUAUGUUCAGCAAGUUCAUUAUGCAAUGGCGAGAAUAAAAGCCGCCAUGCCAAGAAUCUAUGAGCUCGCUGCUGGAGGCACUGCUGUCGGGACAGGUUUAAACACCAGAAUCGGCUUUGCAGAAAAGGUGGCUGCCAAAGUGGCUGCACUCACAGGCUUGCCUUUUGUCACUGCCCCAAAUAAGUUUGAAGCUCUGGCCGCUCACGAUGCCCUGGUGGAGCUUAGUGGAGCCAUGAACACCACUGCCUGCAGCCUGAUGAAGAUAGCAAAUGAUAUCCGCUUCCUGGGUUCUGGUCCUCGGUCAGGUUUAGGAGAGCUGAUCUUGCCUGAAAAUGAACCAGGAAGCAGCAUCAUGCCAGGAAAGGUGAACCCUACUCAAUGUGAAGCAAUGACGAUGGUUGCAGCCCAAGUUAUGGGGAAUCAUGUUGCUGUUACUGUUGGAGGCAGCAAUGGACAUUUUGAGUUGAACGUUUUUAAACCAAUGAUGAUUAAGAAUGUGUUACACUCAGCCAGGCUGCUGGGGGAUGCUUCAGUGUCCUUCACAGAAAACUGUGUGGUGGGGAUCCAGGCCAACACAGAGAGGAUCAACAAGCUAAUGAAUGAGUCUUUAAUGUUGGUGACAGCUCUUAAUCCCCAUAUAGGGUAUGACAAAGCAGCGAAGAUUGCCAAGACAGCACACAAGAAAGGAUCAACCUUAAAGGAAACGGCUAUUGAACUUGGCUAUCUCACUGCAGAGCAGUUUGAUGAGUGGGUGAAGCCCAAGGAUAUGCUGGGUCCAAAGUGACUUAAAUAAAUUUAUAUUAAAAUAAACUUGUAUGAAAUUUAAAAAA